AUGGAUUCUGACGACGAUAUUCAGCUGAACGACUCCGAUUCUGAUGGCGAAUCCGAGGAGAAGGGUACUCAGAUCCUCUCCUUCGCCGACUUGGAGACCAAGAUGAAAGAUGCCAUCUCAGAGAUCCAAGACAUUCUAGAAGUAAAACCAGGAGUGUGCAGAAUCCUGCUUCAGAAGCACAAAUGGGAUAAGAACUCUCUUCUGGAACGAUUCUACGAGCACCCCGAUACCAAUGAAUUCCUGAAAGCCGCUAAUGUGAUCCCCGAGGAGUCCGAAACUUUCCCAGAGCUACCCGUUCCCACGGACUGCGAUAUUUGUUGUAUGCCAGGAGAGCUCACUGGCCUCGCUUGCGGUCAUCUGGCGUGUAUCGAUUGUUGGAGGGCCUACAUCUCGGAUAGGAUCAACGAUGGGAAGUGUGAGGUCGAGUGUAUGACUGGGGAGUGUAUGCUGUUGAUGGAGGAUGAGAAGGUCAAUUUCUACAUCACCGACCCCAUAAUCCUAGAAAAACGCCGUCAACUCAUUGUCAACAGCUACGUGGAAAUCAACAAAUGUCUUAGAUGGUGCCCUGGGAAGAACUGCGGGAAGAUUAUCAAGGCCGCCCACAGCGAGCCGCACCUCGUCCAAUGCUCCUGCGGCACUCAAUUCUGCUUCUUCUGCGGUAACGACGGCCACGAGCCCGUCAGCUGCCGUUUGCUGAAACUGUGGGAGAAAAAGUGUCUUGAUGAUAGUGAGACAGCGAACUGGAUCAGUGUACACACCAAAGACUGUCCGAAGUGCUUGGCACCGAUUGAGAAAAUCAGUGGAUGCAACCGGAUGCUUUGCAGAAACCCGUCUUGUAAGUUCCAGUUCUGCUGGAUGUGUAUGAGAGAUUGGGAUGUGCAUGGAUACUCGCCGUGUAAUAGCUAUGACCCAAAGAAGGAGAAGGAUCGUGUGAAGAAUCGUGCGAACUUGGAUCGCUACCUGUUCUAUUAUAAUCGGUAUAAGGGACAUGGCGAUAGUUUGAAGUUGGAGAAAAAGCUCGUCAAAGCCGUCGAAACCAAAAUGGAAGUGUUGCAACAUCACUCUCAAAUCUCCUGGGCUGACGUUCAAUACCUGCCAAAAGCAGUGGAGACUCUCUCCACAUGCCGUCGCACCAUGAUGAACACUUAUAUCUUUGCUUUCUACUUGGAACAUAAUAACCACGCAGAGAUGUUCGAAGCAAAUCAAAGAGAUCUCGAAAUGGCAACGGAGCAACUCUCCGGGUUCUUGGAGCAAGAUUUGUUGUCACAAUCCGGACAGGAAAAAAUGAAGACGCUGAUUCAGAAUGUGCAGGACAAGUGUCGUUAUGUCGAGCAUAGACGCAAAAUUCUUAUGGAUCAUGUCGUCGAGGGAACCGAGCACGAUGUAUGGGUUUUUAGAGAGGAAUGA